AUGGCCGGCGGCAAAUCGACCUCGGGCGGCAAGAGCAGCGGCGACUCGCAAAAGGCGUCGUCGCGUUCCUCCAAGGCCGGCCUCACGUUCCCGGUCGGCCGCAUCCACCGCUUCCUGCGCAAGGGCCAGUACGCCAAGCGCAUCGGCGCCGGCGCGCCCGUCUACCUCGCCGCCGUCCUCGAGUACCUGACGGCCGAGAUCCUCGAGCUCGCCGGCAACGCGGCGCGCGACAACAAGAAGUCGCGCAUCAUCCCGCGCCACCUCCAGCUCGCCAUCCGCAACGACGACGAGCUCGACCGCCUCCUCGGCCACGUCCUCAUCACGCAGGCCCUGACCCCUCUCCGUACCCACCUCCAGGUCCUCCCCAACAUCCACUCGAACCUGCUGCCCAAGAAGGACAAGCACCCCAAGAGCGGCACCCACAAGUCCAAGUCCAAGGCCGCCGAGUCUGAGUCGCACGAGUACUGA